AUGGGUCCUGAGGAUGACUCACAAAGCUACGAAAUCAACAAGGGGAAUGUGAAUAUCAGUAAUCACUAUUUCGGAGGUCACUUUCGCUGGACCGAGGCGGCUGGUGAUGAACCUAAAACCACAGAAGAAGCACAGGAACGAAUUGACAAGCUCUAUGAGUCGGGGGUGCCGUUCUUUUCAAAGGAGAUGAUUCGGUUUGCCUUUGAGCAGUGCCAGCGCAAGCCUCCUCGUGGGGAAAUGCUUUAUACCAAAGAUAUCACUGGGGCAAUGGUCGAGUUUGAGAGCCAGACGGGGGAUGUCAAAAAAGAGAACGAAGAGGAUGGUGAUGAGGUGGAAUACAUCCUACUUGACCCGGUGCUUUCAUACGACUGUCGCGCUCAUCUGAAGCACCAUCUGUGGUGGACAGGCAUAAGCGAAGACCGACCCCCAUUCUGCAGUCUGACCAUUCAACAUCCCUCCCUGAAAUUCAAAACCAAGACUAAGGAGCCCGUGAAUCCAUGGCCAACCCAGCCCCGCGAAAAAGUCUCCCAGAUAUUCAAGGGCCAUUGCCAGGAUUGGCGGGACACCGAGGUUCCCAAGAAGCUCGUUCAGACUCUCACUAUGCACACGGCAACCCAUCAAAUCACCAAGAUUGUGGGCCUGGCUUUGGGUGCUAUUUCAUACGAUUAUGAUGAUGGUCCGCGCUCAUAUAUCCAGCAUGCUCUGCUACUGAUGCUGGGCGAAUGGCUGAGGGAGCGAAGCGGGAAGGAGGACGUCAAGUGCUACGCCCAAGAUCCUGGCUAUCGAAGUGUUGAUAGUGAGGUGCUCAAAGAGCAUGGUAUUGAGGUGAUCAAUGACCCCCGAGCAUGGCUGGAAAUCGACGAUGAGUCCAUUGUGUUCUCGGUGAGUCCGAAUGUGCCCGUCAAGGAAAUCGUGGCGGAUAUUGCUCGACCGGCGGUGAUUAUCUGGGAGCGGGUUGGAUUUGAGGAUGCCGAUCAAGAGGGGAAGAGGUCUAGGUGAGGUUAUUCUGCUUGGGAUUAAUUGGAUUCAAGAAUUUGUUCUAAUUCUGGAGUAUAGCACUG